GUAGGCUUUCGUCGUCUACCUCUCCGGUGGCCUCUCUCGCUCGCCACCCAGUCGAGUCGCCGCCGACGCAUCCUCGUCGUGUCGUCGCGGCGGCGGGCACUGGCAUCCCUCGCACAUGGCGGCCUCCCUGCGGGGCCUCCCGCUCCCGCUCUCGCCGCCGCCUCUGGCUCCCCCGUGCGCGUCCUGUCGGCGCCUCGCCGCCCCGCCGCCGCGGACCCGCAGCAGCGUCUCCGGGGUCCGUGCGGGGGCGGAUGGUGCCCCGCGGGCGCCGGAUCCCGUGGAGGUGGUCGGCGUCGGGAGCCGCAAGGACGCCGUCAUCGACUUCUGCCUGGGCUCCCGCACCCUCUCCUCCACCCCUAUCCGCUUCUGGACCAUGCAUGUCGUGGAUAAUUUUUCCGUACAGUUAAUACAAAGAAGCCACGGAGAAGAUGUUGUAGUCAGAGACUUGGAACCUCCAUUAUCUCUUCAGCCCUGCCCACCAGCGGUUAUUCUUGUUGCAAGUGCAGGACAGGAUGCUGACCAUAUUACUGCGAUGGAGCUCCUUAGUAAAGUGAAAUCUGCUGGUAAGCUGGCUGCAUCAAUAUUUUUGAAGCCCUUUUGUUUUGAGGGACAAAGACGGCAAUUAGAGGCAGCUGAUUUUAUUGGCAAACUUCAAAUGUGCUCAAACUUUCACAUUGUUAUUGAAGCUGAUUCACUGCUUGAGACGGAAGUGGAAACCCUUGCGGAAGCUUUGGAAAGUGCCAACAACGCUGUCCUGUCAACUAUUAGCAUGAUAUCUGUCAUGAUGUCUGGGCUAAAUCAGAUGUUUCGGAGUUCUAUUAAUGCUCAAAUUAUGGAAGUCCAUCCUGAGGAACUGGGAAAACUACUUAGAAGUUACGGGGAAGCCAGAGUUGGAUUUGGUGCUGGUUAUAACAUCCAGUCUGCAAUUAAGCAAGCUGUCUUCCACUGUCCAUUUCUUCGUGGUGGAAUCAAGGACCUGAACAAUGUGGUUUUUCUCUCCAUUACGAGUUCUCGAACAUUUUCUGAAAGCGAUAUGAUCUCCACUUUGCACAUCUUUCGCCGGGUUACAGGGUUCAAGGAAGAUAUUAUAUUUUCUAGAAAUUGUGAACCUGAUUUAGAGCCAAAACUGGUAGUAGUUUCUCUCUUAACUGUGAGAAACAGCAUUGAUAAGAACGUGCCAUCAGUCAAGGAGGGGUUUCUUUCAGGUUUGGCCUUGCAUUUUCCUUUUGUACCCUCUCUUAUGGGAGGAGAUAUCCCUGACGAGAAACAAGCUACACUGAAGCAACUGCUCGGCAGUGGAUUGAGUUUGGCAGAGCAGGAAUUCUCACAACUUUCCAGUGCUUUUUCCAAUGCCACUGUUAAUAAUUUAUUUCCUGAGGAAACAGAAAUUAUGAAAUCUGAAAGGGAAUAUAAGGAGAAAAUGCACACAGAAUUUCAAGAGGCUAAAUGUAAACCAGAUGGGGAAAUUAACAAAGAUAGUGAAAGAGAGAAUUUAGGUUCAGAGCAGGAGCAUAAGUUCUGGAGCAAUUCCCCUGGUUUUGGGAUUGCUCAGUUAUGGGCUAAAGUGCGAAUGACAUCAGAUAGAGGCACUCAGAACAAUGACAUUAAUAUUAUCAUUCUUCCAGUUGGUGUGAAAUCUCCUGAAGUUCAGUGUGGUGCAGAUAAACGACCUGAAGCUCAUAGCAGUGCCAGUAGCCCAUCUGUAGCUUCUGGAUAUGCUGCCUUUGGAGUAUCGUUUUCUGACAUUGGCUUGGAGAAAGUAACGGAAAUGUACAGCUCUGCAGUGACAUUUUUAAAGGGAAGAAUGGAUAGAUCUCGGAAGCGUGGAUCAGUUGCUAAUCGGGCUGCACUAAUGCUUGAUGCAGAAAGAGAGCUGGAGAAAACAUGGAGCCCCAUAGUUGAAAUACAGUUUGGAGGAGGUAUAUACAGAGGGAGGUGUCAAGAAGGUGUCCCUGAAGGAAAGGGCCGUGUAACCUUCAGUGAUGGGAGCUUUUACGAUGGACUCUGGAGGUAUGGCAAGAGAUCAGGUCUAGGGACUCUCUAUUAUAGUAACGGUGACGUAUUCCAUGGAACAUGGAGGGAUGACCUUUUCCAUGGAAAGGGCUGGUAUUAUUUUCACAGUGGUGACCGCUGGUUUGCGAACUUUUGGAAGGGGAAGGCUAAUGGUGAAGGUAGAUUUUAUGCCAAGGAUGGGAGUGUCUUCUUUGGCAAUUUUCAAAAUGGAUGGCGCCAUGGGGAGUGCCUAUUGAUAGAUGCAAACGGAUCAAGGUGGAUUGAAGUUUGGGAUGAUGGUGUACUCAUUGGUCAAACUAAGUUGGAAAAAUGAGACAAGACUGCAAACUAUUUCCUAGACUUUAUUGGUAAUGUUGGUGCAUAGAAGCUUCAAAUUGCAAAUACCACAGUACAUCUUGAUAGUACAUACGUGCCUGUUGGAAGCACUGUUGUAGAGUUGAUUCCUAAUUUCUGAAAGCUGCGGUAACCAUUGCUGUAUAUAUCCCAAGACGAAGGGGAGGAGGCUUUCUUCAUAACGUGGAUGUUCAUAACGUGGAUGUGCCUGAGGGAAAAAGUUACACAACUGCAUCAAACCUACAUGAAGUAGGUUGGAAUGUUUGAUUGAUCUCAUUUAUGGGAUAUUCUCUGGUUAGGCUCAACGCAUGGAUGAACAAGCUCUCGUGGUCUUGCCCCCUCAAUUCCAGCUGAGUAGUACCUGAUUUUCCACAGAUGGGGCCAUCAAUUCCAGUUGAGUAGAGUACGUCAUUUUCCACAGAUGGGGUCCCGCAGGCCACAGCGCCCUUCCCUUCUCUGUUUCCUGUCACUGUCAGUAUCACCCACACAUUCUGUUCAGUGUUCAAGUAAUGAUACGCAUAUAUUUAAGUUUCUUUGCUCCCACAUGGUUCUUUCAAUAGGUGUACACUUGAUGCAGAAAUUGGGAAGAUAUGACGUUACUAUUUUGCUGUUCAAUCUGAGCUGUUGCCUCAAAUGGUCGCUGGUUGGGUUGUCAUAUCCAUAACAGGCAAGCUCGACAUGCAAUCUGUCUUUGCUUCAGAUGGAUGCAACCCAUCAGAUAGUGUAGUAGUUACCAACAUUUUCAGGGACUAUACUGCAGCCAAUUACCCAACUGAAAAACUAGCACAAGAUCACUUGCUCAUUUAGGUAUAAAGAAAACAACUUUUGAGGGAUAGUCAAGUUUAUUCUGCGAAUGGACGCUAACACAAGUGCUAGUCCUUCUUGGACCAGACAAUACCGGCAAUCCGGCAUCUACAAUAUCCCUCCAUUUGUCUCGAUUAUCCUUGCCGAAAUUACAAGAAACACUUGGACAAUAAGGUAUUCCCCAGAGUCCGAUACUCCAGUAGUUCUAGCUCUGUAUUGAUUGUCAAUUUUUAUUUCAUAUCUCG